AUGCAAGGACUGUGGGGCAGCAGCUGGAGGAAGUUUGGACCCGCCGGCAGGGGCACAUACGAGUGGUUAACUAGCGAACCAAGCCUCCCUCUCCAGGAAACCCAGCUGCAGGGCACGCAGAAGAUAAGUUCCGCCAAAGACGACGUGGAGCCCUUCCUGUGCAUCCUCCUUCCAGCCACCAUCGUGCUCUUCCUGGCCUUUCUGCUGCUCUUCCUGUACCGCCUCUGCAAGGCCCGGCGGCCCCAGGGCCAGGUGUUCAGCAUCGACCUCUCCGAGCACCCGCCGGGGGGAGAGGAGGCCGACUUCCUGCCAGGCUUACCCUGGGGUGGUGAGCAGGACUUCCCCUACUCUCCUCUGCCCAGGGAGGUGGCCCCCCACUCCGAGUGUUUGCCACCCUCCUACGAAGAGGCCACCCGGAAUCCCCCUGCAGCAGAGGCCCCGGGUGUCGGUCUCCGGUAUGAGGAGGGCUCACCUGGACUGAAUGUGCCAGUAUAA